AAUUUUAAAUAAUUUACAAAAUUUUUUUAAAAUUAAAAAAUUUUUCCCAAAAUCCUUUACUAAAAAAAAAGGAAAUUUUCAAAAAGUAUUUGCCUGCCCAAAGGAAAAAUUUUUAUUAAUAACAAAUCUCAACUUUAAGUUCCUUGUUUAAAACCGCAAAACUGGCUCAACCUAAGACCAAUAUGGUUAAAAAUCGUAGAUUUGAUGAGGGUCCACUUAUUGGAACCCGUCAUAUACAAUGUUUCCUAUGCUUUUGCUGCUUGUCUUUGGCCUAUGCUUUGAGAGUCAACUUGAGUGUGGCCAUUGUAGCGAUGACAGAUAAAAAUGCUACACAAAGUGAUUAUGAAGAAUUCGAAUGGAAUGAAAGUAUAAAAUCCUAUCUACUUAGCAGUUUCUUUUGGGGCUACAUUACCACACAAAUUCCUGGCGGCCAUAUAGCUCAAAAAUAUGGUGCUAAAAUUAUACUUUUAAUUGGUGUCACUUUAUGUUCUCUGCUUACCCUACUCACACCAGUGGCAGCUCAUAUAGGUGGUUGGAAAUUACUGUUUGCUGUUCGUGUCAUACAAGGUCUAUUGCAAGGUGCCGUACAUCCUGCCACUCAUGCCAUGUUAGCCAAAUGGGCUCCUGUAGAGGAAAGAGGUGCUUUGGGUACUUUCUGCUAUUCGGGCUCACAAUUUGGCACCGUAGUCACGUUAGCUGUUAGUGGUUAUAUAGCUGAUUCUUCUGCGGGUUGGCCUGGUAUUUUUUACAUUUCCGGUUCUAUGGGUUUCAUAUGGGCCAUUUGCUGGUAUUUGUUUGCUGCUAGUACACCCGCCGAACACAAGAGCAUAUCGCCCGAAGAGAAGAAAAUGAUUGAAAACUCUUUGGGUCAAGUAGAUAAUACACCCAAGACUGUGGGUCCAACACCAUGGGUGAAAAUCUUUACCUCACCUCCAUUCAUUUCGUUAAUCAUUGUGCACUGCACCCACAUGUGGGGCUUCUGGACUUUACUAACUCAAAUUCCUAACUAUAUGAAAAACAUUUUGGGUGUUGAUAUCAAAAAUAGUGCCCUACUCUCCUCUCUGCCAUAUGCUGUGAUGUGCGUACUCUCCUUCUGCUUUAUCUAUCUUUCCAAGCUGUUGUCGAAGAAGGAAAAUUUGUCUUUAGCUUUUAGUCGCAAAUUCUUCAAUUCUAUUGGUCAUUGGAUUCCCAUGAUUUCUUUGGCCGCUUUGGGUUAUGUCACCGAGGAACAUUCCACCUUGGCUGUGGUUUUACUUACGCUAACAGUGGGUAUUAGUGCUGCUACAUAUCUGGGCUUCCAAGUGAAUCAUAUCGAUUUGUCUCCCAAUUAUGCGGGCACUUUGAUGGGCAUUACGAAUGGUGCUGCGAAUGUUAUGAGUGCUUUAGCGCCUUUGGCUGUGGGUGUAGUGGUCGAUGAUGUGACCAAUGUGAUCGAGUGGCGUAUGGUCUUCUUCAUUGCUGCUGGUUUCUACUUCUUUGGAAAUUUACUAUUCGUGUUAUUGGGUAAAACUGAUGUACAAAGUUGGAACUCUCCUGAAGAUGCUUUAGCCAAACGUAUGAGUAUUAUUGAUCCCGAAACACCAGCUCUCAUAACAAAUGGUGAUAUUGUAAAACCACAAAUUAAGGAAACUGGCAACAAUUAGAGCAACCAACAAACACUAAACAGUGAUCAUCAGAAAAAUUAGAAAAAAAAAAAAUUUA